AAAAAAAAACGCACACGAAUAAAAGCAAUUUUUAGAUUUAGCUGAUUGAAGGCGGCGAACGCGUCGAAUGCGUAAUUGUCAGGCACAUUGCAACAAGCAGGCACAACAAAUCCAACACACACAAAGCCACUAAUAAACACACAUAGACACUAAGAGAAAAACUUGAAGUCUCGUUUCUUUUGUUUGGUGGUACGAAAAGUUUUGCAGGCUUGAACGCGACGUAGACGAUGCCAAAUAAUCGUAAUCGCAAUCGUAAUCGUAAUCGUAAUAAGCGCAAUAAGAAUCAAAAUAACAAACAGCAACCGGCGACAGCAGAGGAGGAACAACAGCAGCAGCAGCAGCAGCAGGAGGAGGAGGCAAUUUUGCCAGUGGCAACAACAAGUUUAGUCAAUGAUAAUAAUGCAAAUUCUGGCAGCAUUUCAAAUGGGUCAACAACAGCCAGCGACAGCGUCACAGCUGCGGUUGAGGCAAAAACGGGCAUAGCCAAAAGCAACAACAGCAGCAACAGCAACGAGAGCAACCCGAAUGAGUCAUUGGUGCACUCAGAGGAUCAGUUUGAAAAGCAGCUGAUUGAGCAAGCGAAAGAUCUGCCAGAAGAUCAGGAGAGAAACAAAAAGAAGCUCGUAGAUAAGUUUGUAGAUCAGCUGAUCGCCCAAGCAGCAGAUCAAGUAGAUCAUUUAGCAGAGUGUCUUGAGCGCCAAACAAAAGAGCAAGUGAUUGAAGCGGAAGAACAGCAUAAAGAGCUGUCUGUAGAUCAAACAAAAGAAAAGUCUGUUGAUUUGGAAGAGCAAUUGGAUCAGUUAAGUGGUCCGUCUGGUCAGCUAGUCGAUAAUUUGAAAGAGUUGUCCAAGGAGCAGCUAGUCAAUCAGUCUGUAGAUCAGCUAAGAGAUCUAGUCGUAGAUCAAGAAGCUGAUCAUUCGAAAGAGCAGCUGCUCGAACAGGCAAAACAGUAUCUUAAGGAACUGUCGCAAGAAUCAGCAGAGGAGGAACAACAACUCUUCAAACAGUGUGAAGAUCAGCUGACGCAGGAACCCGUUGUUCAGUCCAAAGAGGAGCUGCUCGAACAAGCAAAACAUUUCCUUAAGGAACUGUCGGAAGAGCCCGCUGAAGAUAGCAAAGAAGCCUUUAAUCAGUCUGAAGAUUUGCUGAAGCAACAGCCCGUUGCAGAUCAGAUAGAACAUUUAGUAGAGGAACUUCUCGAUCAGCCUGAACAUCAAUCAAAGGCGCAACUGAUUGGAGUGGAAGAACAGCAAAAAGAUCUGUCUGUUGGUCAGACACAAGCGAAGUCUAUUCAUCAGGCAGUGGAAGAGCAGCUUGAUCAGGUGAACAAGCAGCUUUUAGAUAAUUUAAAAGAGUUAUCCAAGGAGCAGCUAGUCAAUCAGUCUGUAGAUCAGCUAACAGAUCUAGUCGUAGAUCAAGCAGCAGAUCAGUCAAAUCAACAGCAACAGCAGAAAGAGCAGCUGCUUGAACAGGCAAAACAUUUUCUCAAGGAUCUGUCGGAAGAUUCACCAGAAGAAGAACAACAAGAGCAAUUCAAUCAGUGUGAAGAUCUGCUGACGCAGCAACCCGUUGAUCAGUCCAAAGAGGAGCUGCUCGAGCAAGCAAAGCAUUAUUUUAAGGAUCUGUCGGAAGGUUCAGCAGAAGAGCAACAACAACUCUAUAAUCAGUCUGAAGAUCAGGUGAAGCAGCAGCCAGUUGUUCGCAUAGUGCCUGUGAAAUUGGAGCAGGAAGAGAGCAGCUUAGUAAAGACUAUCAAAGCAAUGGGCGCAAAGAGCGGCAAGCUGCAACAAGAGCCACAGCAGCAGCAACAACAACAACAACAGUUGCUCGCAGAGCAGCCGCUGCAGCAGCAGCAGGCAGCUAAACCACCAGGCAGUCCACGACAAGCCAAGGUCAUCGUGCAUCGCGUUGUACGCGAGAGCAACCAAGAAACGGAAGCAGCCAAGCAACAGCAAGAAGACCAGCAGCAGCAGCAGCAGCUGCAGAAGCAACAACAAGACAACCAGCAGCAGCAACAUGAAACAAAGAAGCAACCAAAGCAAACACAGCAACAGCUGCCAACCGCUGCAACAGCUGUGCAACAGCAACAUGCAACGUCUGGACGACAGCAACAGCCGCUGCAGCGCAGCACCAAAGUCAUUAUUCAUCAGAUACGCGUCGAGACGGAUGCAGAGGAACGCGCUCGUAAAGGUAAGCCCACAAUUGAGGAGAUUAGCAGCACAACAGCAACAGCAACAACAGCAUCAGCAGCAGCAACACACAGCACCAACACCAGCGGCACAUUGUCACCACCGCCACGUUAUUUGGUGGAAUCCCCCUCACCCAAGCACAAGCAGAGCCUCACCCAGUUCAGCAAAUUUGCGCGCGAUGUGCAGAUUCAGGAGCUGGAGCUGAGCAGCGAUUGCAGUUCGGGUGAAUUCAAUUUCAGUGGACCACUGCAAUCGCCCGUGGUGUUUGAGGCGGAUUCGGAAACGGAGGCAAGCACACCAACAUCGACGGCGUCGCCGAUAGCUGUGAUAGCGUCUUCGCCGGAUUUGCCGUCCAGCAAUCGAGCGGAACAACACCAGGAGCAGCUGCGUCAGAUGCGCGCCCAGAAGCGCAAUGCACUCGAAUCGCACUUUCUGCCGCAGUUGCUCAGUCCGCGCUAUCUGGACAGCAUUCUGGAGGAGAAUAGCGAGGCGAGCGAUCUAACACUUGGCCUCUCGCCCAGCUCCUCCGGCAAUAAUGAUCCGGCGAAGACGCGUCCGACUGUGCCGCACAAGGCAAACGAAACGUAUCCGCGCAGCCAACUCGACUUUAGCCGGCGGCAGAAGCGACGCGAGCAGCCGAUGGCUCUCAUGCUGGAAACAAAGCUGCUCGAACAGCCCAGCGAUCUGGAGAGCUGUACGCGGCUGCAGAGCACCCUGUCGCCCCAAUCGGAGGAUGCGGAACUCGUUUACCUCAGCUCAUCGGGUUCGAGCAGCGUCUCAGAUCUAAUGGAACUCGAACUGGAGGAGGCGGCUGCUUUGGUCGAACGGACACACAUCGAUCUCGAUACGGAUGCCAUUAAGCUGAUCCAUCGACCAGAUGACGACCGGAGCAGCACAUCAACCACGGAGCCGAUCAGCUCUUCCAACGAAACAGAAACCGAGGGCGAGUGUGAGGUUGAAACGGAAGUGGACACGGAAACGGAGGCAGUGAACCAAUCGAGUCGGGAGAGCACACCUGUUAAUCGCGCUCCCAGCGCUGACCAAGAUCGGAGAUCGCCGGGCAGCAGCUCAUCGCUAUCAUCGCUGCUGAGUGCCGCGACGCCGACGCCUUCGCCGACGGCGAUGCCGGCAGAGAGGCGAGCAGAGGAGACGCCUACGCGAGCAUUUAACGAGCUGUUCGCCAACGAAUGUGGCUCGAGCAAAUUGGCCAACAGUCCAACUGCAACCACGUCGCUGGCGGCAACGCGCGAGGAAUUUAUCCGCAAUAUGGACAAAGUGCGCGAAUUAAUCGAAAUGACGCGAAGCGAACAAAACGGAAACGGAAAUGAAAUCGAUAACGGAAACGGUUCGGCUUCGGCUUCGUCGUGUGUUCAAGUCGUGUCCACAGCAGACACGCAUAGUAGUAGGUUUUCCCCCUCGCCACCGCCUGUGCCACCGCCACCCAGCAGCAUGCUUUAUCCCACUAGCACCACCAGCACCACUAGCGCCACCAGCAAUCCACCCAUCCUUAGCAGCCUGUUGCGACAAGAAUCGAAUGAUUCGCAUUGCUCCGACAGCACACAGCACAGCCAAUGCACAGCCAUCAAUAUGGCAUCACCAACACCACAAUUCACACAACAACAGCAACCACAACAACCACCCACACCACCACUGCGACAACGACAGCAGCAACAACAACAACAACAACAACCACCACAACAGCCACAACAACCACAACAACAACCACAGCCACAUCAAUUUUGUCCAAUUUCAGCUGACGUGUCGGAUGCGGAACGCAUUAAGAAACUGCGUCUGCUAUGCACCGAAUCCUUGGCCUCCAUGCCCUUUGGCGAGCAGAUGCUUGAGGAGCUCGCCAGCGUUGCUCAAAACAUAAGUGUGCCACAACAACAGCAACAACAACAAAAGCAGCAACAGCAACAACAGGAGAAGAUGCCUUAUCCACUGCCACAGUUGCCACACAUUGGUGAGCUACAGUUGUCUUUGGGUCAAGUGAAUACUGAGGCCUGGCUGGGUUUGCCCACACAAGCUGAUCCCAAGCUGCUCGUAUGCCUCUCGCCCGCACAACGUGCUUUGGUCGCCCAACAGCAGCAGCAACAGCAACAGCAACAGCAGCAACAGCAUCAACAGCAGCAGCAAUUGCAGUCAGCUGGUCCCGAUGAGCUGCUGGAUGCACAUGAGAAAUUUGUGCAGAGACGCGGCUAUCAUGAGUUGAGCAAGGAACAGGUGCGUCUCAUGGACAGCGCACAAAUGAAUGUGGAACAGGAGCAGAUGCUCAAUACGGCUGCGAAAAUGCGCGAAUUGCGCAAGAGUCUAACGCCCACCACAUCGCCAACACCACAGCAGCAGCAGCAGCAGCAACAACCACCGCCGGUGCCUGUGAAGAGCGCUGAAACCGUUGAGAAGGCAAAGAGCCAAGCAGCGCAGCAAGCAGAUGACGCAAGCCAGCAAAAGCUAAACACAACAGCAACGGCAACCAGAACAGCAAGAGCAACAAUAGAAACGGCACCAACGACAUCAUCAUUUGAAAAUAAACCUAAGCAAACAGCAGCAGCAGCAGCAGCAGCAGCUGAUCAGCAAUUGCCUUACUCAUUUGAUCAGCGCACGGCCAGCCGUACACAGCAGCAACAGAGCAGCAGCAGCUACACCAGCAACAUCAGCAACACGAGCAACAUGAACACCAGCAGCAGCAGCAACACUUCGAGCAAAUUUCCAUCCAGCAUCGAGAGUGAAUUGGCGCGCAUGUUUCCCAGCGUGGCACAGCAAGGCGACAUAUUUGAUGAGCAACGCAAGCGUUUCUCCAACAUUGAGCAGAGCAGCCAGCCGCUGAUGCAGCCGCAGGCGAAGCGUUACUCAAACAUUGAGACGAGCUCGUUUGAGUCCAAGAAGCGUGUUGAGAAUGGCCAGACAAUCUACGAUUACAGCAACAGCAGCACAGAGCGGCAGCAGCAGGGAGAUAACCCAACAGAAAAUGGCAAGUUUCCGUUGAAUGCAAAGCAAGCAGCAGCAGCAGCAGCGAAACCAACAAUAGCGGAUGAGGUGGAUUGUGCACCGCCUGUGCCACCACCGCCGGCAGCAGCAAAUAUUAUGUCAGCAACGAAAUUAAAUGGCAUGUCAAACACUUUCAUUAAUGACGCACAGAAACAGCAACAGCAGCAGCAACAGCAGCAGCAGCAGCCACUCUCAGAGAGCCGGCAGCAGAGAGAGCAGACCACAACAACAACAAAAGAAACAACAGAAAGAAGAACAACAACAACAGCUGCUGGCAGCAGUUCCAAGGUGAACAAUGCUGGCGGCACUUAUGAGGAAUUUCGGCAACGUGCCAAAGCAGCACUCGAAGCACUUGCUCAGCCCAACAGCAACAGCAACAACAGCGACAGCAACAGCAACAGCAACAGUAACAGCAAAGGGCAACCUUCAUCGGCUAAUCACUUGGAUAAUGAAAAUCUUUUCAAGGACUUCGAUGCGCUGUCGCAGCAACUCAAUGCCGAGCUGCAAACCGGUCGCGAGCAGCGAGAGCAGCGCGAGAAAUGCUCAUCGCUCUACGAUCUCCAUCGCCUGAGCAGCAGCAACAGCAACAACAGCAGCGCUCAGUUGGAGCAGCUGAAGCGUCAGCGACAUGCUCACUUGCAGGAACUGGAACGUGAAAUCGAACGCUCGACCAGAUCCCGUCAGGAGCGGAUGUCCUCUAUGCCGCGUGCUGUCGAAAUUCCCAUUGAACUAGCUCCCGAUUAUGGUACACGUUCGCGUCGCUCCGAGUCGCUGUGCAAUCUCAGUGAACCAAGACGACCACACAGCUCGGCGGAACAUUAUGUGGUGCAGCCGGAGCAACAACAGGAUGACUGGUCGCGCUAUGCCAGUGACCUGGGUCACUCGGAGAACAUUGCUCGUCCGUUUGCCCGCGAGGUGGAGAUCUGCUAUCAGCGACAGGGUGGCAAUCAGCGGCAACCGCACUCGAUACGAGCGCCUCGACUCUCCGCGAGCACAAAUGAUCUGUCCAGCUAUGGCAGCUACGAUAACCACAAUGCUUACGGUGGUGCACGGCGACAUGCACCCAUGUUGCAAGAGGCACCGGUGCAGCAGCGACCCCAUUACACCAGUUGCUAUUCGAUGAUUGAGCGCAAUCCGAAUCCAACAUAUAUCAGCACCACAUCAAGGCGUGGCGUCUCACCUGCACCACCAACACCACCAGCACCGCCUGCCUACGACCGGCAGCAGAGGCGGUCAUCGCUGCCACGGGAGCUGCACGAGCAGCAGCUGCAGUACAUACUGAGCAAGGAGGAGCAGCUGAAGCUGGAGUUUGAGCGACUGCAGCAGGAGCGACGUCGUCUGAUGGAUGAGAUGCAGCGGGCACCGACGGUGUUGCAGGCACCGCCGCCGAGGCGCGAUAGCUAUCGGCCGGCGGCGAAGCUGCCGACGCUGAGCGAGGAUGAGGUGUUCCGGCAGCAGAUGGCCGAGGAGUGGAUGAAUAAGGUGGCGGAGCGUGAGGAGCGACGUCAGCACAAGAUCAUCAAGAUCUCAAAGAUCGAGGAUGAGCAUCAGCAUGGCAGCGAGCAGCAGCAGUCCAACAUCAGCGAUGAGUUCCUCAACCGGGUCAAGGAGCGGCGAGACAAGCUCGCCAUGCCCGCCGAUAGCGAUUGGGAGAGUGGUGCGGAGUCGCAACCGGUGCCUACCAAGGCAACGGGUGCUGGCAGUGAAUCGGAUGCGGAGGCGCCGCCGAUGCGCAUCCUGGAGGGUAGCAACGAGGCGAAUCUGCGCGAGCUGCCCCGGCAUUUGCGCGAGUUUGCCAAGUUCUCCAGCUGCGAGCAGCUCGAUGGUGGUCAAGUGGAGCGCCACGAGCAGCAGGAGCGCAGCGAGACAGCAACGGAUAAUUCACAGAGCAGCGCGAGCAGGAAGUCGACCAUUGUGAAGACUUACAAGGUGUCCCGGUUGCCGCCUUCUGUGCAGGCCAUAGCAAUUAAGAGCGAGCAACAACCACAACAACAACAACAAAGACAUCAGCAGCAAACAGCGACGCCAAAGUCGACAUCGACGUCGACGCCAACAAUGGCAGCGAAGCAGCAUUUACGGCCACAGAAACAGACGCGUUUUCUGCUAUCGCCGCAGCAGCUGCAGCAGCAGCGCCAACGACGCAGCUGGUCCGAGAGCGAUCUGCUCAAGGAGAUUGACAAUGAUCUGCAGCUGGCCAAGGGCUUUCUCUAUGCCAACGUCUACAAAGUCAAGCACGAGUAUAUGAGCGAACCGGAAACGGAAAGCGAUCGUCCGCGCAAAAUGGCACAGUUAGGUCGACGGCAAUACGAUGGCAUCGGUCCGGUGACAAACGAUGGAAUGCCCAUCAUCCUCAGAUCGGAGGUCCAGGAACCGCAUCAGCAUGAAUGGUAUAAGCGACUCUAUCAGACCAUACAUAAGCAGAAGAAUGGCGCACGUCCCUCGUACAAAAGCAAUGGUUAUGUCUCCGAGCCCGAGCCCAAUUACGAUUCGGACUACUCAACUCUAAAGUAUCGUACACCGAAUCCGCUACGCGUUCAAUCGAUAUCAUCUGCUGUCAACGUGCGCAAUCUAAACCAGGACGAUAAAUUGUAUGGUACUAUGCCCAAUCCGAUCAAAUCGGCACAGAACUCUUACAAGAAUCAACCUGGUCGCAUUGAGAACUAUACAACUGGCCAUUCAUCCGUGUCGGAGAAGGAGAAGAAGGAGAACUUGGAUCAAUCGAAAUUAUCACCGCUUUAUUCAGAAGGCAAUUUGUCAAGAGCCCUUGCCAAAGAAUCGGGUUAUACAAGUGAUUCAAAUAUAGUGUUCCGCAAAAAGGAACUAGCCCCAGGCAGUCCUCUGAGUCCCGUGGAACAGCGACAGGCCUACAAGAGCUUACAGGCAGGAGGUGAACCGCCGUUGCUCGGCUUCCGUAAGCCAGCGCCCGAGAAACCCAAAGAUUUUGACUCGAGUGCAGCACCACCAAUACCGCCACAACCACUACAGAACCACCCAUCCUACGAGCCCUACACCUACAGCAAUGGUGACCAAAUUGAUUCGGGUACAGACGUCAACAUACACUUCAAGACACCGAUAAGGCAUGAGUACAAGCAGAACCUAUCGGAGGAGGAAUUAGCAAUACGACAAGCGGAGCAUAUGCAGAAACUGUAUCAGGAGGAGCGCAGACGCAAGUAUCUACAGGAGCUGCAGGACAUGAAUUCGAGACGACACACCGACAAUUUCACACCCUCACAGAAAUCGCCCAUCGCCCUCAAUCGCUACGAUGACUUCCCCACAGACGUGACGCUCAAGUCGCUGGUGGGCCCCAAAACAGUCGCCAGGGCGCUAUACAAUUUCCAGGGACAGACCUCCAAGGAGCUCUCAUUCCGCAAGGGCGACACAAUCUAUAUAAGGCGACAAAUCGAUCCCAAUUGGUAUGAGGGCGAACACAAUGCGAUGAUUGGACUGCUGCCGGCUAGUUAUGUGGAGAUUGUCAGUCGCGAUGGAGCUCGCACGCCUUCCAAGCGUCCCUCGGAGGGUCAGGCACGGGCCAAGUACAACUUCCAGGCUCAGUCCGGUGUCGAGUUGUCCCUCAACAAGGGUGAACUGGUCACACUCACCCGUCGCGUCGAUGGCAAUUGGUUUGAGGGAAAAAUAGCCAAUCGCAAGGGCAUUUUCCCAGUCUCCUAUGUGGAGGUUCUAACCGAUAUUGGUGCCGAAGAUAUUGCAGCUAGAACGACAACGGUAAUCAGCACGCAGAGCACCACAAAUCUGCGCCCAAAUCUGGACGUGAUGCGCACAAACAUCAAUCAGGAGUUCAACACGCUGACCCAGAACGGAGCACAUCCACCGAAUGGCAUUCUCAAGGAGACCCGACAGCUGCACAAGACAGACGCUCUGCACGUGGACACCAGCUCGGAGCCAGUGACAUAUCGGGCACUGUACAAGUACCGACCGCAGAACUCGGAUGAGCUGGAGGUGUUGGAGGGGGAUCUGGUGCAUGUGCUGGAGAAGUGCGACGAUGGCUGGUUUGUGGGCACCUCGCAGCGAACCGGCUGCUUUGGCACAUUCCCCGGCAACUACGUGGAACGUGCCUGAACCAAUUAACUCGAAAUGAUGCAGUGUUGAGAACCGUUUAGAUAUUUGUUUUCUGCUUUGGCAGCCGCAGAUGGGGUGAAGUAGAUGAAGUAGGAAAACUAUGAAGCGAUCAUCUCUGAACUCAAUGAAUUUGUAGUCUAACAAACUUGAUCCGCAGCCAAAGCAGAACCAAUUAUUAAUUAUUUAUAUGAAUUAUAAUUCAUUAUAAUUUCAAUUGUUGUUAAAAAAAAAAAAUAAUAUCAGCUGCUUAUCUUUGCCGAUGUGUUUCUCUUUAAUUUAAAUAAUGUACAACUAUUUAUUUAUUUUUAAAGAAAUGUUGAAAUUAUGUUUAUUUAUAAAACAAAAACAAAAAUAUUAAUCAGACGUUUGAGCCACACACAAAACACCAUCCCCCAACACACACACACACACACACACACACCAAAUAUCACCAGCUAAACUAAAAUAAUAGCAUAAGCCUCGAUAUUUUGUUAUAUUCUUAUUUUUUUUCGUUUACCUACUAAUUUUAACUAGUCACAGCUAAUUUCCAAAAAAAAAAAAAAUAAAAAUAAUAAUAAAACUGAAAAAAAAUCACAAAAAAAGAGAUGAAAAAUAAAAUAUUUAAAUUUUUGAGUAGGAAUCAAUUGAGAAAUCGCCAUUUGAAAUCGUUGAACACCAAGUGCCUUAAAUAUACAAUGUUUAUUGACUAAAAAAAUGGAAAAAUUAUAAAUACUAAAAAAAAUAGUGGCCUUUUGUUGUGUCGACAAUGCUAAUAGAUUAAUAUGCGAUAAUUAUACAUUUACAUCAUAAUAUUGAAGAACUAAAUUUGUAAUUUGAUGAGCGUUUAUUACACAGACACCUGUUGCAACCGAAUGCAAAACUAAGCAAAUAAAGUAAACAUAUAAAUAAAAACAAACACCAAAAACAA